AUGGGAGCCUGGGCCUAUCUCAUCUCAACCUUGGUUCCAUUUGAUAUGUCUCCUUCUCUUGGCAGUAGAAGCAUCCUGCUUGGGAAUUCACUGUGCUGGUUCAUUUUUGGCCCUCAGGUGGAUAUCCUUGAGCUUAAUCUUGACAGACAGAGCCUAGCCGUGAUCGAGGUGCCACCACAUGCCUACGCCAACCAUCAGGGACUUUAUUUGAGUACUCUCGGUGGCACGCUUGGUUUCAUCGUCAUGUCGGAAUCCUACAAAGCACAACUAUGGGAGAGGACGACUGAUUUUGACGGUGUUGCUGGGUGGAUGCCGGGACAGACUAUCGAGUUGCGCAGGCUUCUCCCUCUGAAAUCAGGGGAGUGGAUCAAAAGAGUAAUGUUUAUUGCUGGGGAUGAAUCUGAUAAUGUGGCAUUUCUGUCAACAUCUAGGGGCAUGUUCAUGGUCCAUCUCGAGUCAUUGCAGUUUGAGGAGAUCUUUAAAAGCAACCCUGAUAAUCGGCUGUCCACUAUCUAUCCAUAUCCAUUCAAAAGUUUCUUUGCUGCUGCUGCUGCAGGACUUAGUGAUCUUGAUGGUCGGGGACAAGGUGAAGGUGGAGCAGGCGGCACAACACAUCAAUUAGAAUACUGA